AUGACAACAACAGGAAAAAGACGACGUUAUCCAACAGCUGAUUCAAUUAAUGAAUUUGAUGAUGAUAAUGAAGAAGUUUUAAAUUCAAAUUCUGAAUUAACUAAUAAACGACGUGGAUCAGCCACGGCGGAUUUAACAUCACAUCGUUUGAUUGUUAGUGAACGACAACAAUUAGCUGUACUUAAACAAUUAACAGCUGGUGAUGAAUCAAAUUCUGGUUCUGUAUCAUCGUGUUCGGGAGGUACACAACAACAACGUCCAACAAAGAUUCAUCGACGUAAUGAACAUGGUGAAACAAUUCUUCAUACAUCUGCAAGAAAAGGAGAUUUGAAACAAUUAAAGAAAGCAUUGAAGGACAAUGCAAAUGUUAAUGAAGAAGAUAAUGCUGGAUGGACGCCAUUACAUGAAGCUGUCACUAAAAAUCAAUUUAAAGCUGCUCGUCUUCUUUUAAAAUCGGGUGCUAAUGCAAAUGCACCUGGUCCUGAAAGACAAACUCCAUUGGUCGAUGCUGUUCUUAAUAAUAAUACUAAAAUGGUUGAAUUAUUAUUAAAUUAUUCCGCUGAUACAUCAGUUGUUGAUUUUAGUCGUUUAAAUGAACCGAUGAUCAAAGUAUUAAAACGUGAAAUAACAACAUUGGAUGUAUCUGAUAAUGAAAAUGAUGAAGAUUCAUUAAGUCCAUCAUCACCAAUGACAAGUAUCGAUGAUUCGGAACAUGAAGAAGAAAAGAUCGAUAAGAAUCUUGUACAAUCUUCAUCAUCAUCAUAUAUUUCAAAAAAACCAUUUCAUCAUUUUCAUGAAUAUUCAUCGGAUUCAAUAGCAAAUAAUAAAACUUAUACAGUAUUUAAUGAUUUAUCAAGAAAAAAUCCAUAUGAUUUUGAAAGUGAUGAUGAUGAUGUUAAUGAUGAUAAUGAUGAUGAUGAUGAAAGAGUUGAAAAUUCAAAACAACGAACAACUAGUGGUACCUCAAAUGACAGUAAUGAUAUUAAAAAUUCAAUUCAUUCAUUCAAAGAACAGUUACCAUUUAAUAAUGAAAAUAUCCACCGGGUACCACCAUUAAAAAUUGUUUUAGCUCGAACUAUUUCACACAAAAAUACCGAUACUGAAAGCAAUAAUUCAUCAACUAUGGAUGAUAAUUCCUUAAUGGAAACAUUAUCACUACCAAUAAUAGAACAAAAUGAAAAGUUCUUAUCGACAGUCAUAACAUCUAGUGACUUCAACAAUAAGGUCAUGACCCUUGGAAAAAAACAAGAUGAAAACAUUCUUUUAUCGAGUGAUGAAAAGAGUUCAAUAGUAUCAAACAUUAAUGAAUUACAGAAGCAAUCAACUCAUAUGAUUAUUUCAACAUUACUUAAUGAUAUAAUAACACAAAUAGAUCCAACUACUAGUAUUCCAUUAACAUUACUCAAAACAAAUGAAAUCAUACAAAAAGAAAAACAGAAUGAAUUAAAAAUAACAACACGUACGUUACGUUCACAUGCAAAAGGAAAAUUAAAUACAUUAAUAUCAAAUCAAUGUUCGAAUGAUUAUCGACGUGUAUCAAAUCGACGACGUAUUUUAGAUAAAAGUAUAAAUGAAAGAUUUCAACGAAAAAAAACACUAUCGGAACCUUCACAAUAUAGUGAAACAUCAAGUAAUUUCGAUGAUCAAACAAGUGAAAAUCUACAUGGUAAAACUGAAUCUAUGGAUGAUACAAAUACUACAAGUAAUGAUGGAAUUAACUCAAUAGUACAUAACCAUUCAGAUAUGGAUUUAUUAGCAACAGAUAAACGUCGAUUACGUGAAAAAAAUACUGGAUUAUUAAAUUCUACAGAUGGAUCUAAUACAAUAAAUUCUUCUUCAGCAGAAGAAAAUGUUUCAAUAGAAACAAUAACACGUGAUAUACCAGUAAAUGGUAUCAAACAAUUUCUUGAAAUUCGUCAACAGGUUCGAAAAUUGAAAUAA